AUGUCACCCCUCAUCAUGGACCACGAGAGCCCAGAUAGCUCGCCAUCACCACCGAGGCAGGCGCGAUCAGCAUCCUUCAGCAUAUCCUUGGCCAAGUACGAGGACAUUCGCAGACUGGUCGACAUCGAGUUCUUUGCAUUCGAGCACGAGAAGACCAACCAUGUCCUUUCCUACCGAGACCACAACCAAGCUGCACAUCUCCAACGUGCGAUACGAUCAUACCAGCUCCUCAUGAGGAAAGCCGCAGCUCUGCACCGACAGUGGAAGGCGGGAAGAACAAUCCAGCAGCGACGUGCUGUUCCCGAUCUGGAGGCUGCCCGAUUCCGCAAAGUCGUUGACUCGGACACUGGCCUGAUCAUCUCUUGGGCGAAGACGGAGAACCACGCCUACACGGUCGAGGAGCUUGCAAGCCCAGCGGAUGUAGGCCAUGAAGGUGAGAGCCAAAUGAACCGCGACUGGUUCGCGCUCAACGAGAGGCUACGACGCCAGUACAUGGGCACCCGGAGACACUGCUACAUUGGCAUGGUCGCCACGCAACCUGCAUACCAACAUCACGGCGCCGGCACCAUGCUUGUACAGAAUAUUCUCGCCGAAGCAGACGAAGCCGGUAUCGAAUGCUAUCUUGAAGCCACGGACACGGCCAAGCCGUUGUAUGAGCGACACGGAUUCAUGACCGUCAACGAGCUACGGUUCGACCCUGCUGCAUACGGCGUAUACGGCUACAACGUCGAGCGGCAGACGAUAAUGGUUCGAGGCGCACUCGACAGCCGUGGGCAGCGACAGCAAGUGCGGUCGUGGGAAGAGGCAGUUCCAGGAGUGCAAGCGCAGCUCUAA